AUGGAGAGAAUCAUUCGCGUGUCCUGUGCCGUCGUUCUCAUCAUCGGCAUAUGCUUCGAAAUCGUUUUAGCGAGUCAAAGUUUCGAUUUGGACGGUGGCAAAAUGAAGGACGAGGAGGAGAGUAAAAUACCUUCGGUGUGGUUCAGUCCGCGUUUGGGCAGAAGAAAGAGGACAUUAAAGGACGACCCGUACAAACCGACUGAACAAGAACUCCAAGACCUCCUGGAAGCUUUCGAAGAAUCACCUCUGGCUUUAGUAGCAAUAAACGGCAACGAUAAGUUGGUUUGUAAAAAUGUCCAAGGUAAACGUAGUAGUUUUGUGCCUAGAUUGGGAAGGAACGUAGAGGACGAAGUGGCUAACGAAAAAUGGUCGCAGGACAGUGAUAAUUCCGCUGAAUACGUGAUUCAACGAUCUCCGCCUUUUGCCCCGAGAUUGGGACGCAGGGUCUCCCCUUACUCGCCGAGAUUGGGACGGGACAAUUAA